AUGGUAGCUACCACUCGUUCUGCUGCAGCACGCCGACAACGAUCACCAAGUACAAAUAAUGUAAAUUCACCUGCUAGUGUCAACAAAGCACAUAGUAAGAAAAAGAAGAAGGUGGCCAAACAGCAUAUACCACCAUUCACCGAAUUGAUAUCAACAGAACCAAUGAUUACGACGACAACAGCGUGUCCAAAUGUAAUUGAUGACACGACAACAGCGUCACCGCCAGCUUGUACGCUCGAAACUGCUUUACAUCAUCAAGAUCAUCAUAGUAUUAGCAAUAAUAUCAACAAUGAUGAACAGAAUCUUGGUUUUCUGUCAACAUCGAUUCACUCUAUUAAUAACGACCUGCACGAUAAUGUAUGUGUAAUCGAUGAUAACAAUGAAUUCUAUGCAGUAACGUCAUGGUCAGUGGAUACUGGUGAAAUCGAAUGGUGUAAAACGAAUCGUGGCAAUGAUAGAUUAUGUAUAUAUAAGAGUUCAAACUUUGUUGAACGCAAUCAUCCACCAAAUUAUCAGAAUGCUAAACGUUUACUGAUUUUACAGAAAAUAAAGGACCGCGUGUUGUCAGAACCUUCAUCAGUCACACGUAUUAUAGAAGAUGAAUAUAUAAAAGGCAAUUUGAACAGUGAAGAACGGUGCCAUUUUUUAUUACCACAAGCGCAAGCUUCCAAAUUUUACAAAAUUCGGGCAGAAUUAUUGCCACCUACUCCGAAGUCAUUGGAUUUUGAAGUUCCCACUUUUUAUUCAACAACACACCAAGGUGAAACUUUUCUUCUCUAUGACGCAACUCACAAGAAAUUGGGCGGACGAUUAAUGAUCUUUUCCACAAGAUAUUUGAUUCAAAUGCUAUGUAGUUGUGAAGUUACUCUGGUAGACGGUACAUUUAAGACUCGUCCGACGAUGUUCUCCCAAGUAUAUGUUAUAAUGGGUCAACAUCUUGACGAAGCUAUUCCGUUAGUAUGGUGUCUUGCUCCAAAAAGAACUCAAGGAGUUUAUGAGAAAAUAUUCAAAUUUUUAAUGAGAAAAUCAAUGGAAUUCGGCUUCAAUUUCGAGGCAAAGUGUGCUUAUUUGGACUUCGAGCUCGCAACGCUCAAUGCAUUGGAGAAAAUGUUUCCAGAUAUAUCUAUUCAUGGAUGUUGGUAUCAUUUUACACAAAGUGUGUAUAGAAAUAUCCAGAAAAUUGGCUUAUCAACGUUGUACGAUCAAAAUGAAGAAACUAAGGUUUGGUUGAAAUCAUUCAUGGCAUUACCAUUAGUGAAAGACACUGUAGUGCGUGCUGCUACUGAUUAUUUGAUCGAUAAUCCACCAGUGUCUCACCAUUUAUUAAAUGAAUUCAGCGAUUAUUUUCGUAAACAAUGGAUUGAUCGUGUACCAGUAAAAUAUUGGAACUUGGGACCUAUUCAUCUUCGAUGUAACAAUANCGAUCAAAAUGAAGAAACUAAGGUUUGGUUGAAAUCAUUCAUGGCAUUACCAUUAGUGAAAGACACUGUAGUGCGUGCUGCUACUGAUUAUUUGAUCGAUAAUCCACCAGUGUCUCACCAUUUAUUAAAUGAAUUCAGCGAUUAUUUUCGUAAACAAUGGAUUGAUCGUGUACCAGUAAAAUAUUGGAACUUGGGACCUAUUCAUCUUCGAUGUAACAAUAUCAUGGAAGGAUACAAUAACCGUUUACAACAUCGAUUUGGUGCGCAUCCAAAAUCAUGGUCUUUUAUUCAUUUCCUCAAAGGUGAAGAAGCUAUCAUUAUCAUGCGAACAGCUCAAAUACAAAGUGGCAACUAUCGUCAAAAGGCAAUGCCAUUUUCAUUCGGUAAUGAACAAGGAAGAAAAAAAACGAAACAAAUAAAAAAUCUGUGGCGUUUAUUUCAAGUUAGUAAAAUUACAUUACAAAAAUAUGUUACAAACCUAUCGUACUUUGUUGGUGAAUCACCAAUGAUAAGAAAAAAGAAGGAUAGUCAAAAUCCAACAUCUCCAGACGACGACAAGAAUGUUGGUGAUAAAAAUAGUGAUUGA